UUGGAGUACGCUGAGGGAGGGAUCCUGGACAUGGACGACCUGCUGACUGAUCUGGUGGAGGACAGAGACAAGCUUAUGGCCGUGCUGCACGAGGACCAGCGUGUGGAGAUGGACAGUCCCAGAGAUGUCAUGUCCAACGGCUUCUCCAGCCCCUCCCCAAGUCCAGAAGCCAUGCACUACUAUCCCCACAUGGAGUACGAGGAUCUGGCCAGUGGAGAGAUCGAAGUCAACGAGGCCAUCCUAAAAGGCAAUACACCGCUGUUGGUCAGGAGCAGCAGUGACUCUGCACUGGCCCCUCCCCAGGAGACGACACCCCCACCUCCACCUGUUGACCAAAAUAAUGGGACUCCUGAACCAGAGAUCAACGAUGUUCUGAGGGGAGCCUUGGACAGACUACAAACAAGCACCCCCCCAGGCAAAAUGAGCCAGGUUAACUACAGUAAUCUGACGAGGACUGUUGAGUUUUUUGGUGACCAGGGCCCCCUGGGUAUCCAUGUGGUCCCCUACUGCUCGUCUCUCAGUGGACGAACUCUGGGCCUCCACAUUAAAGGCAUUGAGGAAAACAGUCGUUCCAAAAGAGAGAAUCUCUUCAAGGAGGAUGAAUGUAUCGUCCAGAUCAACGACACCCCGCUUCAGGACAAAACCUUCUCGCAGUCUCAGGAGGUGUUCCGCCAGGCAAUGACGUCCUCCACAGUGUGUCUGGAGGUCCUCCCUGAGGCCAAUAAGCCCCGCUACGAGAAGAGCCUGAUUGGUCAGCUUUUCACUGGCGAUGGCAAAGACUCCCCUUCAAAAACAAGAAGUCCAAUGUUAGCCCGUGCCCUAACUGAACUCCAGCCAGAGCCCAAACUAGACUCCAAAAAGAACCCCAAGGCAGAAACGAGGCGAGCGGACGUGCGUGUUAAGACCCCGGAGCCCUCUCUGCAGAGCACCACGCAGGUCCACUCUCAGUCUGGGCCGGGCUCCCUGGAAAGAGUCUCUCCAACACCUCCCGCCCGGGCCCCAAGCUCUUCCCCAACGCCCAGAACUCAAAACCAGAGCCCUCUGGCCAGCAAGAAUGCUGCCCUGCCAAGCCUUCUGAACCUUGCAAGCAGGAAGGAAGGCAAAAUGAUCAAAAUCGACCUUAGAAAAGGCACACAAGGUCUGGGCUUCACUGUUGUAACCAGAGACUCAUCUGUCCAUGGACCCGGGCCAAUUUUGGUGAAAAAUAUCCUGCCGCGAGGUGCUGCGGUGGAGGAUGGACGCCUGCAGCCUGGAGACCGCAUCCUGGAGGUGAAUGGAGUAGACAUGGCGGGACGGAGCCAGGAGGAGCUGGUGGCCAUGCUGCGCAGCACCAAGCAGGGGGAGAGCGUGAGUGUGCUGGUGGUGCGGCAGGAGGACAUCUUCCUGCCCCGGGAGCUGAAGGGUGAGGAAACAAGUAGUCAGGUGAUGGAGGACGGCAGGGAGCAGCUGAUGUAUGAGAUCCCUCUCAAUGAGACGGGCUCGGCCGGCCUUGGUGUGAGUCUCAAGGGGAACAAGUCCAGGGAGACGGGAGAGGACCUGGGGAUUUUCAUCAAGUCCAUCAUCCACGGAGGGGCGGCUCACAAGGAUGGCCGUUUGAGAGUAAAUGACCAGCUGAUAGCUGUGAACGGUGAGUCCCUGCUGGAGCGCUCCAACCAUGCUGCCAUGGAGACGCUGAGAAGGUCCAUGUCAUCAGAGGGGAACGCCAGAGGAACCAUCCAGCUCGUCGUGCUCCGACCGCCCAGGAAGUUCCAGCAGGCGGGCAGUGCCAGCUCUGCACCGAACACAGGAACUCACGGCCCCUCCAUGCCUCUACCCAGCGCUCAAACCGACUCCAGCAAUCAGCCAUGGGGCCACGAGGCCUACCAGAGACAUCCUGGACGCAGUGGAACUCCUAACCUUGAGUCCACCGUGAAUGGUCCAAGUCACACUCCAGUACCGACCCACAGUUCUGGAUCCAGAGGCGCUCCUGCUAUGGACGAUUACUACAGCAACGGUGAUGAGGAACCAGGCUUCCCCCCACCACCUUCCCCCGGUGCUGUGGAGGAAAUGAACAGAGAAUUAGCUCUUACUCCCCCAUUCCACAGUGAGCUGCCACAUAUGCCUGCUAAUUUGCACACAAAUGGCCGUCAUGUCAGUGAUAAGGACAACAUGCCUCGCAGCAGAGCGUCCAAGAGCAUGGACCUGGUUGCUGAUGAGAGCAAUGUGGGAUCCCUGGCUGGACAGAAAGAAGACCCCUCAGCUGGAGGAGAGCUGGGCCCAACCCUGGGCCUCUGCAAGUCCAGCUCCUUGGAGAGCCUCCAGACGGCCGUCUCAGAGGCCAAGCAGAGUCACAUCCAAGCGCGGGUGCCUUUUCAUCGCCCACGCCCGCACAUGGUCCGGGGGCGAGGAUGCAACCAGAGUUUCCGCAACGCCAUCGACAAGUCCUACGAUGGGCCCUCUGAAGAUGACGACGACAUGUCGGACCACAGCUCCGGCCACGAAACGCCCGCCAGCACUUCCUCUCGCCAGGAGCUGGAUGAAGACGAUGGAAAGAAGAAGAAGAAGAAAACCAAAGCAAAGAAGAAGGAGAAAAAGAGCAAAGGAAAGAAGAAACCAGAGGACUCCGCUGAGGAUCUGGAGAAGAAGAACAAAAAGAGAGGAUUUGGCCUCUUAAGGUUUGGUAAGAAGAAAGAGGACAAGAGCAAAGACGCAGCAAAGUCCUCUAAAAGCAGGCUGGAGGCCCUGAGCGAGGAGGAGCUGGACCGGAUCCCUGACAACACAGAUGGCAACGAGUCGCGUUACGCCGGGCCCUGCUCCGGCCACGCCACCCCCGACCGGGCCUCCCUGCCCGACGUGGAGGACGACGACAGCGACCCCAACUACGCCCGCAUCAACAACUUCCGUCAGCCGCCCUCGCCGCAGUCCUUCGUCAGCCGCACGCCCUCCCCGGUCGUCCACCCGGGCGGGCCUCAGCCGGGCGGGCCUCACCUGAGUCAGCCGUCCUCCGAGGACUUUGACGGGCUCUACGCCAAAGUUAACAAGCACAGGCCCGCGCCCGUGCUGCAGAGCCAGCAGCAGGCGCCAGCAGACAGUGACCAGCGGCUCCAGGGCCAGCGCAGGGACAACCCGCCGCCCCGUGCGGUUCCCAGUUACGAUGAGCUGGAUGCUGCAAGACGCCGAGCCCUGGAGUACGACCCGAACCGGGUGGCCCCCAGAGGAGCGGAGUCUCGACCUGACCACCGCUACACAGAAACAGACCGACAUUACCCUUCACAUCCCAGGAGGGACCCAUAUGAUUAUCCCACUCACUCCAGACAUGUGCCAAGAGACCCCGCCCCAUAUGCCAGCCACCACCAGGACCCUCCAGCUCCCGGUCACCCUGGACGUGUGCCCGUCCCUCAGGCGUCCAGCCAGCCUCAGCUGGCACCAAGUUACUCACGCCACCAGCAGUCGUCUUCCCACACAGGUCAGAAACACUAUGCGGCACAAAGGCAGGAUGUCCCCCCCUCUCCCAGCACAGUGCACAGGGGGCGGCCUUACCAUGAGGCCGUUGGAGGUAGACCGGACGGCUACCGACAGGCCAGCCCCGGCCGCUACAUCAGCCCAGAGAGGUAUCCGGCCACUAGGGAGCACUACACCAGCCCCGACCGCUACCGCAGUGGAGAUGAAAGGCAGCCUGACCCAAGACGGAAGAACCCGUUGAUAAAUGCGGUAUAA